GGUGUGGUCACUGCCAAAGGAAUGGCCCUCUCACAUUUCUUCCUGAUUCACAUAUUCAGCGGGGUUACUUGUCAUCCCCUCCCUCUCCUGCUUCCCAGACACUGAGUCUGAAAUGAAAAAUUCACCUGCCUCUGAGUUGGCCCCGUGGGCGGGGGUGGGGUGGGGGGUGCAGGGGUGUUACUUGGGUUCCCAGGUUGGAAGAUUAUCUCACCCAGCUCUAGCUAUAUAAGCUCACUGGAGCAGAUGGGCUCCCCAGGGCAACUCAAGGAUUUAUUCCUCAGGAGGAAAACAGACUGACAAACUUCGGGUCAACAUGAUGGUUCUGAAGGUAGAAGAGCUGGUUACAGGGAAGAAGAAUGGCAGCGGGGAUGCUGGGGAGUUCCUUCCUGAGGACUUCAGAGACGGAGAAUAUGAAGCUGCUGUCACUUUAGAGAAGCAGGAAGACCUGAAAACACUUCCCGCCCACUUUGUGAGCCUGGGGGAGCAACAAUGGAAAACUGAGAAAGAGCGAGAGGCAGAGCUCAAGAAGAAAAAACUAGAACAAAGAUCAAAACUGGAAAAUUUAGAAGAUCUUGAAAUAAUCAUUCAACUGAAGAAAAGGAAAAAAUACAGGAAAACAAAAGUUCCAGUUGUGAAGGAACCUGAACCUGAAAUCGUGACAGAACCUGUGGAUGUGCCUAGGUUUCUCAAAGCUGCCCUGGAGAACAAACUGCCAGUAGUAGAAAAAUUCUUGUCAGACAAGAACAAUCCAGAUGUCUGUGAUGAGUAUAAACGGACAGCUCUUCACAGAGCAUGCUUGGAAGGACAUUUGGCAAUUGUGGAGAAGUUAAUAGAAGCUGGAGCCCAGAUUGAAUUCCGUGAUAUGCUUGAAUCCACAGCCAUCCACUGGGCAAGCCGCGGAGGAAGCCUGGAUGUCUUAAAACUGUUGUUGAACAAAGGCGCCAAAAUCAGUGCACGGGAUAAGUUGCUCAGCACCGCGCUGCAUGUUGCGGUGAGGACUGGCCACUACGAGUGCGCAGAGCAUCUCAUCGCCUGCGAGGCAGACCUCAACGCCAAAGACCGGGAAGGAGAUACACCCUUGCAUGACGCAGUGAGGCUGAAUCGGUACAAGAUGAUCCGACUCCUGAUUACGUAUGGCGCCGACCUCAACGUCAAGAACUGUGCUGGGAAGACUCCGAUGGAUCUGGUGCUACACUGGCAGAAUGGAACCAAAGCAAUAUUUGACAGCCUCAAAGAGAACUCCUACAAAGCCUCUCGCAUAGCAACAUUCUGAGAAAAGUGAUGACGAACGAUUCCAUUGGCUGCUCUUUACCAGCACAUGGAAGGCGUUGCCCCAAAGAGCGACUCAUAGAGAAAUCCAGCUUCUGUUUAUCAACCUGUUGUAAAGCGGCACCUAAUGAGGUUUGGAGCACAGGGACGUAGGCAUUGACAUUUUCCUUAGUGAAACUCACUCUAUUUAUUUGUAUUUAUUCCAGUUAACUUAUUUAUUUAUUUACUGCGAUACCACCAAUACUCAGAUCCU